AUGGCAUCUGGCCAAGAGAAGGACAUGGCAAGGGAGGAAGGGCCCAUUGCACCUAAUGAGGUGGUGAACAAUGCUGCUGAGAUUGACCUCAAGCAAGAUGAGGCAAUGGCUGACAUUGAGCUGGAUGACAUUGAGAACCUGGACAUGGAGGAUGAGGAUAACUAUUUGAGGGAGCUUAGGAGGGAGGGCAUUUACCAGCCUCCUCCUGGGCGUAGGCCCGCUCCUGCUGCUCAGCCGGCACCCGCUCCGCCCGCACCUCCGCCGGUAGGCGCUGCAACGGCUAUGCAUCAGCCACCUCCAACCGAGACCUCGCCCUUUGGGUCUCUCUCGGCGCCUCUGCCCGAGUUCAACCAUAGCAAGACGGAGGUGCAGCCUUGGAUUGACCUGGUGAAUGACACCAUGACCCUUGCGAAUGUGCGUCCUGAGGCUCGCGUUACUGCAGCCACUCGUGCAUUGAACGAGGUGGCCCGCAGGGCAGUGUAUGGCGCUAAGAAGCAGGCGCAGGGACCGUUUGAAUGGCCGGAGUUCUGCACCGCGCUGAAAGAGGCAUUCAUGGUCAAGAAGUCCGACCUGGAACUGCGCAGACGCCUUGAGAGUAUCAAGUGUCGUGACCGUUCGGUGCAGGAAUAUGCGGUCGAGUUUGAGGCCGCAGCACGCUUGCUCCAGAAGCCCUUGUCUGAGGAGGAGAUGAUGCACGUCUUCAUGAAAGGCCUCCCUGUCAAGCUGCAGCAGGCACACAUGACCGGUGGCAUGACCAAUUGGGCGACUUACAAGGAGAUGAAGGAGCAGGUGAUCAAAACUGACAACAUCAUUUGCACGUACAUUUUUAAUCCCGAAAAGCCAGGCCAGCAGCCCCGUGCUGAAGGCUCUGGUGGUCAUGGGAACCGGCCCCAGAAUGCGAAGAGUGGAAGCGGUUGGAACAAAAGGCCUUUCUAG